UGGUGCCGGUGAGUGUGAAGCGCUGACAGGACGCCAGCGGAGAGAGACAGCGACCAGGACGGAGUGAGGUGUGUCUGCUUCAGCGAGCAUAACACUGGAUCCCCAUCACUGUGAGGGCUCUCCAGAAGAGGGCAGCAUAAGACCAUCCUCAGCUCCCUGCCCUCGAUCAGUCUGUGCUGUCAGGAUCACUCCCUUGUUGACCAUGAAAGGCUCUCCUGAUCUGAUUCCUACUGCAGAUAUGGACCCCAGCAGAGUGUGCAAAGGAAAGGGAGUGGUGACUCUGCGGGCCACCCUAGUCCACAUAGAUGAUGAGGGCCACGUCAGCCAAGAGCCAGAUGACAUCACAACAGCAGGUGGCUGGACAAGCCAGAUUAAUGGAGACAGCACUAAAGCAGGAUUGGCCGAAGGAGGCAAGGGCACCAUAGCAGAUUUACCUCUUGUAAACAACACUGAGUGCCAGCCCAGUUCACCAGAAAACAAUGAAGAUCAGUCCCCGUCCUCCACUGACAUUCAAACCUGUCCAACAUUGACCUCCAGCUCUGUUUAUCCCUGCACCAGUACAGUUAACCCCACCAUAGUCCUACUGCAACACAACAGAGAGAAGCAAAAGCAUUUCUCUCACUUUGAAGACCCAACACCAGAAAGGAACAAAAGUCCUGAUCUGGGAAGAGACUCAGUCAGUCCAGUCCCUGCUAUGGACUUGAAGAGGCUGCGACUGUCACUGAACUCUCCUGUCCCGGGUCCUCUGAACAAGCCCAUUGUGCCUGUACGGAACACAGAGAAGUCUAAAGACUGGUACAAGACAAUGUUCAAACAAAUACACAGAAUACCUGAGCCUAUUGAAGAAAACCCUUACCACCCCACCUACAUUUUCCCUGAGACAUAUGACAGUCAGAUGAAAUCAAAAGAUGAUGGCCCCAGCCCCUACGGCUACUUAAAAGAUGUGAGAGCAGUCCCACGCUCAAAAAAUAAGACUGAAGUUGAUGCGAGAGGCGUAUCGAUGCCUGUGCCAACAAGAUCAUCAUCUCUUAAACCUGCCAUGAGAAACGAGUGGGAGCCUCCGGAUAAAAAGGUAGACACCAGGAAGUACCGUGCCGAGCCUAAGAGCAUCUUUGAAUAUGAGCCUGGGAAAUCAUCGGUGCUGAAGCUGGAGAAACCGGAUGUAAGUCCAGAAGAUGUAGAUUUAGAGAAUGAGCCUUGGUAUAAAUUCUUUUCAGAGAUGGAGUUUGACAAAGGGAGUUCCCCCUCUUUCAGCCCCCUGGAAACGGCCUCCGAUCUGCAUAAGUACUCCUCAAGCAAGUCUGGACAGAGCGAGGUGGAGAAGGACAAUGGAUCAUCCACAAGUGAGACUGGGGCUCCAGAAUGUGACCGCCAUGUUUACAAGAGUGUCCUGGAGGGCGGCGACAUUCCCUUACAAGGUCUAAGGGCCUUAAACAAGCGCCAUGGCUCGUCCUCCUCAUCUAAAGUGGAUUUUAAAGGUGGGAAUGGCUAUAUAAUUUCACCCUGCUCCUCUGUAAAUAGUCGAUCAGUUCUUGCCAGUAAUGCAGUAGGUAACCAGUGUAAAAGUAUGAAGCCUCUAUCUGCUGCCAAAGCCUGCAUACCCCAAAUCCUGCCCUCCAAGUUCAAGCCCAAGCUGCUGCCACCCAGUGGUGACAGCCAAGAAAGCAGGACUAAAGCAUCCAGGCACCCAAAGGCCCACAGCUGUGAGGGUCUGUACACAGGGCAGUAUGACACGGACUGUGUGGGAUCUGAAGAAAGGGAGAGUGGACAACACUUGGACUCUUUGUCCGGUUACACUGCCGAGUGUGGAAACGGCCCCAAAAGAGUUCCGUGUGCAAUGAGGAGGAGUGCAUCUGAGUUUUCCAACCUUUACAGAUCCAUGCAUCAGAUCCAGCAGCCCAGUUCUGCUGGCUGUAGCCCCCAUGGCAGUGUCCGCAGCCUUGCCUCUCUUUUUGAGAAGGCAAAGGCAGAGAAGGGUGAAAGGUCAGAGGCAGAUGACGGGGGUAACAUUCCACGGGAUUCAGUGUCGUCACGGGUCAGUGAGUUUGAAAUGAUCAUCCAGCAGUCGAGCUCCGCACCCUGCCGCUCCUCCUCUCUGCCCACCCUGCACUGCAGCCACAGCCACGACCCUGCCCAGCUCUACAUGGUGUCUGCCGUGUCAGCGGAGUCCCUGUACGUCGCAGACAACACCCAGACAGUCGCCUGCACCCCAGGGGAGCCAGAAGACAAGAGCUCUGUGGAGGAGGCUGUAUCCUUCUCAGUGGACGGACACAAUGGAAGGACUGAAUCCUCAUUUAACGCUGAGGCAGAGGUUGAGCAGAUCUUCAGCAAAAGCUCUCCACAGCAUUGUGGCCAAAAUAAUUGUAACUCAAAGAGCCCCUCAGCACCACCUGCAGCAUCCCCUCAAAAUCACAACUCUCUCCACCACCACCACCACCACCUACUGCACCACCUGAACCAUCAGCUCCUCCUCAAACCCAGCAAAUGCAAAGGUUCCUGCCCCGCCUCCUACACACGCUUCACUACCAUCCUCAGGCAUGAGAGGCAGCAAGCCAUGACUCAACAAGAGAGGCCUCGCCCUAUGGAGAAGAGGACCACGCUGCCCGGGAACCUCUUCCUCAUGGGCCCUGCUCCCUUCAAGUUACGCAAGAACCUGCAGGCCCACCAGUCUCGUAAGACUUUAGCUACCAAAGUGACCACGGGCAUCCAGAGACCCUCUAGUUUGUCUCCUGAGCUCAAGCCUUUGAUCCCUCAGCGACUGUCCUCCUUGGAGGUCUUGGAGAGGCUGAGUAGCACAGAGGGAAGCAACACUGACCAACUGAGUAAUGGGAAUGACAUGGAUGCCAACGGGAACCUACUACAGCUGCUGGCAGCUCACAGCAGAGACUUGUCGCCAUCUCCCGGGGAGAGCCAGGAUGAAGUGUUGCGGAGGCGGCAUGGGGACAAGGAGAAAAUCUUAGAGGAGCAGCGUCGGCUGAAGCGGGAACAGGAAGAAGCUGACACAGCAUCGAGGCGACACACAGGCAUUGUCCCAACACACCACCAGUUCAUCACCAACGAACGCUUUGGAGACCUGCUUAACAUCACAGAUAACACAGAGAAGAGGAAAUCGGGUGUGGAGAGAACUCCAGCUAUGGCUCGCUUUGACUUCAGAGCUGAAAGUUUAAAGGAAUUACCAUUUCAGAAGGGAGACAUCGUAUACAUCAUUCGCCAAGUGGAUCAAAACUGGUAUGAGGGAGAACACCAUGGAAGAGUUGGAAUUUUCCCUCAAAGCUAUGUCGAGCUACUUCCUCCCACAGAGAAAGCCCAGCCAAAGAAAAGAGCUCCAGUUCAGGUGCUGGAGUAUGGAGAGGCUGUCGCACGCUUUAACUUCACAGGGGACACAGUGGUGGAAAUGUCUUUCAGAAAGGGUGAAAGGAUAACGCUGAUCCGUAGGGUUGAUGAAAACUGGUAUGAAGGCAAGAUCUCUGGCACAAACCGCCAAGGCAUCUUCCCUGUUACCUACGUUGAAGUGCACAGACGGCCCCGUGUCAAAAAUGGGGUGGAGUAUCCCGACCCUCCAGUUAGCCAUUCACCACAGCGAAGCACCAAUGCUUCUCCUCAGCUGUACCGUAAUCAUCUCACCACCUCCCCUCUGCCCCUCCCUCGCUCCCCCCGUCGCUCUGUGUCCCCUGAGGUCCACGCUGUGUCCUCUGAGUGGAUCUCUCUGACUGUUGGAGGAGGGAGCCCUCCAGCUGCCCCCACCCCUCCCCUGCCACCCCUACCCAGCGUGUCCUACCGAUGUGGCGAGUACCUGCCCCCACCUUAUUCUGCCAGCCCUGUUCCCCCGAUCACUGGCAGCCCAUACUGCAUCUCCCCCAUGGCUUCCCCAGCUGCCUCCCCUCUUCCUCCGCCUUACCCACCCAGACCCAGCUCUGCCACACCCUUCGUUACCUUCACCCCACCUCAAGGGGAGGACUUCAUGGUCCACCCUCCCUCACCACAUCUGUCCCGCAGCAUGAGUCCCUGUGGGGGGCCUGUGUUGGAGGGCUGGUUGAGGGGGGAGAAGGAGAUGACUGAGGGUGAAGGUGCAGAGGGGGACAUUGGUCGCUCAGCGCCAGGCAGCAGGCAGAAUAGCCCUGCAGAGUUUAUGAGAAAUGAGGCUGACCAUCAUGGACAGAGCUCCAGAAGUCAUGUGAUGCUGUUUGACAUCCAGGAUAACAACAAUGCUAAUUCCUUUGCGGAAGCAGUGUGUAAUGAGAUCUUGAAUAUAGCUGAGACCUCAGUGAGGUACUGCAGCACCCUGUCCCACCUCCCUCAUGACUCUGUCCACAGACUUCACCCCCAUCCCAGUAAACAAUCUCUCAUCAUUUCCCAGCAACCCCAUUCCCACAGUAGCAGCCCAGAGCCAAGCCGUCUCAGCUGUGGAAUUUUCCAGGCUCUGUACAGUUAUGUGCCCCAGAAUGAUGACGAGUUGGAGCUACAGGAAGGGGAUCUUGUCAGCGUCAUGGAGAAGUGCGAUGACGGCUGGUUUGUCGGUACGUCAAAGAGGACAAAGCAGUUCGGGACGUUCCCUGGGAAUUACGUGAAGGAGGUGAAACUGUAAAGAAAUCUAAUCGGACUGUAACACACGGUUGCCUGUCAAAGUUGGGAAGUCAGAACUAUCUUGAUGACUAUUAGCUGAUGUGGAAUAUGAACCAGGUUUAUCCAGUUUGUCCUGGAAAGUGAUUGGUUUGGCCAGAGGUAUGUCAAACUGCAUGAGGUGGAGCCAAGACAGCUCACUGCUGAGACCUCAGUGUUGUGUAUACACUUCUACACGUAUAUAUUUCAUCUCAUCAGGUAGAAUUUGUCCAUGAAAGCAUACCACCAACUGGAUUUUCUUUGUAGUAGCUAGUUAAAUAUAAAACAAUGGCUUCCAUUCUGUCCAUUCAGUAUGCAGUACAAAAGUGUUUACUUAGCCGUGCAGUCUGGAGGCCAGCAGCAGAGCAGAGCAUGGAUUAAAGAGUGGAUCUUCUAACCUGGAGUGGACCUGAGCGGAUUCAGAAUGUCUUUAAUAUGUUGUUUUUGACCUGUUUGUUCUAAGCUACCUUUGAGGGCCGAUAGGAGAUAUCAGGUUUGGCUUUUAAGCCUGUAUGCCACAGUGUUUGAAUAUAUAUGAGACCAACAAGGGCAGGAAACUUUUUAUAUUUAGAAAAACGUGCAGCAUAUUCAGUAACAUGCAAUAAGCCAAUGCAAAAGCUGGAAAACAAAUACAACUGAGCAUGUUGCAAAUGAAACAUUGAUGCUGAAAAAAGCUGAAAUGUGCAUUAUCAUCGAAUGCAUAAGUGACACAAAGUCACGCAAAGAAUAUUAAGUAAAUUGUAAUGAAAUUUCAUAUUUAGAGAACAACUGUGAAAUGAAAAAGCUGCAAAUGUCUUCAAACGAAGUGUUCCAGGCCUGUAAAGGCACCCAACAGAACAGUUAGUUAUGAAAGGGGACACAAGGAAGUGAAUUUAUUGUUUAGACAUGAAAACAUAGUUUGACAACAGAAAGUCGGGGAUUUAAAGUGCAGUAUGAUACCAGGGGAAAGAGAGCUGGGAUGCCUGGAGCUAGCACUAGCCACAGGGCUAACUCAGCCGUCUCUAACACAGAGCCUGAUCUGGCAUGGCCUUCACCAUCCCUGCUGUCAGAGUCCCACCUCAACUUGCUGUAAUUAUCCUGGCUACUGUUAAACAUACUCUCUAUCAUUAAAAAAUGCUGCUUUCUCAGCUGAGAACCUCCUACCUGGGCCUGUAGCUUUUGUCUCCUGAAGGUCCAAAGUUUCCAGUCUGUGCCGGGUUACAGUACUGCUAGCGGCACUGCUAACUCAGCACUUAUAUUUUGCACCCAGUAACCAUUUCUAAAAAAAUGUCUGGGUUUUUGUGUACUUUAUAGUGUUUGGUGUUGCAUGGCAGCACCAAAUUAUGUGGUCCAAUAAUCAUUUUACAUCCUUGUCUCUGUCUGGGUCUGUUGGUGCAGAUGCAGAAACCUGGGUGUCAGUUCAGUGAGAGCAGCCCCAGGAUUCCUGGAGCCGGACUAGGCAUGAAAAGCACCUGGACUUAUUUGGUCUUUGGGGUACCGGGACCAAUUUGUCCCUGACAGAGCUGACAGUUUAAAGCUCAGUGGGUCCAGUUGUUACCCAGGGCAGACGGAUGUGUCAUAGAUAGCUCAGUUAGCCCUUCAAUCAGUGCAAGCUGCAGGCAUCCCAGGGCUGCCCCAACAGAACUCUAACAUAGCUCUCUCAUGUGAGACCUGUUUCAAAUCUCCUUGUUUCUCUUAUUUAAUGCCAUCAAAGCAACAUAUUCACUUUUUUGUUUCCCUCAUAUGCUCUUGUCAACAAUAAAACUGUUCGUUAGUGCUCAUGCAGGCCUACGGGAGUUUGAAGACUUGAUUUGCAGCUUUUUUCUAUUUGCAUUUGUCUUCUGAAUGUUUUUUUUUACUUUGUCUUGUUUAGUACUUGCAGCUAUUUGUCUUUUUUUAUUCAUUUUACUUUUUGCAGCAUGUUGCUUUUUUCCUAUUUGCAACAUAUUGCAUCUGUUUCAUACAUUUGCAAGUGCUUUUUGAAUUUGCAUGUUUCCUAAUAUGCUGCGUGACGUUCCCAACAUAAGUCGUUUUACCAUUGCACUUGUUGACCACCAUACGUACCACAUAUGUAUUAUGUGGAUAUGUGAAAUAUGGCAGCACCUUUAUGAACCCUCCAGUCUGCCAGAAAGAUCUGAGAUAAACUGGUUACCAAAAUCCCUCUCAGUGUCAUAACCCAAAGCUUCAGAUAGUCCAGUAUUGCCUUUAUUCUCCUUUCAGAGGUUUUCACGGUAACGUGUGUCAUGUGCAUGAAACAAAAACCCACUAAGACUUGAGGAGAGCUAUAGUUUCUCUUUCUCUGUUUCCAGAAUCACAUCAAACUGUUGGAACUGACAGUGUGCAUCUUUGAUAAAAGUAAAGAGAAACUAUACUGUAUAUGCAUGUUAGGUUUUUUCAGAAACCACAUAGAAGUCUAUUUUAUCAUUUCUGUCCAAAUAGAAGUGGCCUUUUUUUCUAACGGUUGCUGCCUGUGAGGUAGCUGGUUGUAAAUGUCUGCAGCUCCUGACACAACCACAGGACAGGCAUGGUAGCACUUUUAGGGGUAUCCCAACUAACAAAAGCUAAAAACCAUGCAGGGUUUCAAGUUGAGCCUACAUGUUAAAAAUCAUGAAGAUAAUCAAAGUGACUUUCAUAAUGAGUUUGAAACUAUGCCCUCACUGACAAGAGUUCAUGUUGUAGCCAGAAAAGCCUUCAGAAUAUGGGAGAAAUUCAUGUAAAGACUCCAAAUUAGGAAGAACAUUGUACAUCAGUGUUACUCAACCCUGCUCAACCAAGCAAAACUGUUUAAAAAAAUACCUUUGCAAGAGCCACAAUCUAAGUGGUGAAACAGUGGUAAAAAUGGGUUGAAGUGGCAAUAAAAUUAAGUUAAA